CAAUAAUGUAUAAUCUGAUGAUUGUUGUAUUUUUAUGUGUAUAAUACCUUUUGUGGUUUUGCUUUUUAAUACCAAUUUCAUUUUAAUUUUUAAUGUAGAUUUUUAUAUUAUGAAAUUUGCCUCCACAAGGCUAUAUAAAAGAGAUAGUGGUAUCUAUUUAAUUUACUAUUGUCAAUUCUGCAUUGUUUAUGUUAGCAGAAUCUUGUCUAAACUGUUAUAUUGUAUUACUUACUACCGAUACAUGCUUAUAAUUGUUCCCACAAUAAGAAAGAAAGUCAGGGAAGUGUAAAGAUGCUGUGUGGAUUGAUACUGCUGUUUCUUCUCUCUCUGUCAAAAGAUACUGAGCAAUGUACAGAGAGAUUUAUGGAGCUACCACUAGUAAAAUACAGAGCACAGAGAAUAGGAAUGAAUCUCCCUGAAUACUAUGCCAGUAAUAAUACACUACGAGUCCUUCAGGAGUAUCAGUUCAAUUGUUCAUCCACUAAUAUAACCAGUCUUAUAUUGGGUAUUAAUAUAAGGAGAGCUACUAAUAGUCGUAAUCUCUAUCCCAGUGUCCAGGUCUUUAGACCUAAUGGUAGUCUAGUGACUGGUAGUGAGAGAACUAUUUAUUAUUCUACCUCUAAUGUCAGUACUAGUGGAGUGUUUGAAUAUCCACUCAAUCCUCCUAUACCAGUAAUGAGUGGAGACCUGUUAGCUGUAUCACAGCCACUCCUAGAGGCCAGUGUGGUUAGAAUCUACUAUAUCAGUGGACUCAGAUUUAGUAGCAGUCAAAAUAUAUCGAUUGGGUCUUUAACUGUUAAUUUGAAUGAUUCCAUUAAUAACCAGUUAAUACUAGUAUAUCCAGUAACAGAUGGAUACUGUGUUAAUAGUGUCAAUUCAAUCAAUGCUUCAUUUAUUAAAGAGAAAGCACUUGAAGUACAAAGAUCACAAGGCUUCUAUCGGCAACACCAAUUCAUUUAUCCAUGGAUUGUAUUUUCAUGUAAUGGAUCAGUUACUAAAUGGAUCUUUGGAGGUAACAGUCGUGGCAGUUUAUAUAAACCUGAGCUCCAAAUAUGGCGUCAACUGGGUCCCAAUAAUUACACUAAAAUAGGAUCUAGUUUAGUUAAUGCUAAUACAAUGAUUGGUACUAAUGCUAAUCUCUAUGAGUUUAUUCCUCAGACUCCACUGCAGUUCCAGGAAGGAGACAUAUUUGGUGCUUAUGCUGACGUUAAUAAUGCAAGUAGUUUAGCUUUAUAUGAACAGAGAGAGAGUGGACCAACCAACCUACGAAUUAGUGAUAGCCUAAACUCUCCUCCAUCAGCAAUAGGUCCCUCUCAUUCACUUAUAACAGUUAACAAUGACUUUCCAUUAGUCACUGUGAAGAUAAGUGUUAGCACUGUUCCAGUUGUAACCACAUCAAGUAUAAUGGCAAAAAGUAGCCCAGCAAUUUCUAUUAUGUCAGUAAGUUAUGAGUUAUUUUCGUCUCGUUUCGUUCAGUUGUCAAGUACUAUGAGUUCUCUGUCUUCAACUCAAUCCUUUCCUUCACCAUCUUCCCACUCACAGACUUUAAACGUUGUCUCUCAAUCGACCAUUGCUAUUGGAUCAUCUCAAGCAAUGGUGAAUUCAUCAGAGACUCAAACACCUACAAGCACUCAAACUAAUAAUGCCAUUACUAGUAGUACUACUACCACUAGUACUGCUAGUACUAGUAGUAGUGAUAGUGUGUCAUUUAUGACAACAACAGAUGAUACUUUACUGUCAACUUCAUCAUCAAAUGUCAUAGGCAACCCUGCAAGCAACACUAGUGGGUCAAUGACAAUCAUCAUUGGUGCAGUGUCAUCAUUGAUAUUACUAGUGGCUAUUGGACUAGUUGUGUCAUUGUUAGUUGUUAUUACUGCUUGCCGUAUAAAGAGAAAGAAGAGUAGAGGGAUUGAUUCUGUCUCCCAAGAGAGAGACAGUGCCUAUAAUAAUCCAACAUACGGAGAUAAUUGUUAUGCCAACACAAAACAUGGUCUUUGUAUAAACUCAAAAGGACGAAGCUAUUCUUAUGAAAUUACUAAUGAUGUAUAUGGAGAGCAAGAGCUAGUAGGCUCACUGAAUCCCUUACUACCAACAAAUGAUGGCAUAUCUAAUACACUGAUGACUUUAGAAAUGAAUGAAGAAAUAUAUGAAAACAAAGCAAUUGAAGAACUCUAUUCAGAAGCUGCAGUAGUCCCUAUCUCUGCUCUAGUGAGUAUACAGAAUCCAAUAAACAUCA